AUGCUGAACUAUCCAAAAAGUGCAUAUGCAACAUCAUUCAUGCCUGAUGGUAGUUCAUACAUUGCAUAUUUCAAGGAUAAUGCAUCAAUCGACGCCGAAAACCCAAAUGAAAAAUUUACUUUUUUUUCUAUUACUGCAUGUGCUGCUUCGAACGAUGAUCAACAAUUAACCAUCACAGGACAUCGAAAUGAUGUAGAAAUCAACACACAUACAACAACAAUUCUCUUUGGUAAACCACAAUUUAUUCUACUUAAUUGGAAAGACAUUGACAAUAUCAUCUUUAAUUCAUUUGGUGGUACUGCUCAUCCUGAUUGUGGUGCAUCGCCAGGGUGUCAAGUUAUACUAACUCAACUCACAAUAGGUCAAAUUGAUUGA